CUGAAGCAGCGCUGCGAGUGCACUUCAUUUCGAGUCAGAGCGUCCUGCUGUGAAAAUGUCCGUGUCGCUGCUCCCUGCGGUCGUCGGACUCCUGGCCUUGCUCGGCUGCUGUCCUGCGUCCGGCCAUCCGUGCGACAUCAGUGACAACAAGGAGGAAUGGCUGGCAAACGCCGUGCAGAAGGAGGUGGUGGUGGUGGGCGGCGGCGUGGCCGGCUUGGCGGCGCUCAAGAUGCUCUACAGUAACUCGUUCAAGAACGUGCACCUUCUGGAGGCGCAGGACUACUGGGGCGGCAGAGUCAAGACCCACAGGGAAGCACUUCCCUCGGGCAAGCAGAUCCUGACGGAGGACGGCGCCGAGUGGAUCCACGGAGGCCCAGGAAACUUUCUUUACGAUAUCGCGAAGGACCUCAAUAAGUUCACUGAGCCUCUAGACGAUUCUGCCUAUCUCUGGAUGGCCAGAACGCAGUCAGGAAGGGAUGCUGACCCUUCGGGCUUCGACGUGGCCGAGGAACUGAUGCAGAUAUGCGAGAGAGACAACGUGCAAGCCCAGUACUAUGGCUAUGGCUACGGAAAGUGCUACGCGGACAAGUUUUCGGCUAAAUACGACAGAUCACCAGCGAUUCAGUCGGAGAAAGACGCCUGGCGUUUCUACCUGAACAAGUGGCUGCUGAAGGACACGGGCCUCGUCGACUGGGAGGAUCAGUCUAUGGAGGACGCCGAUCACUUCACUGACUGGGGCUAUGAUAUGUGGAAUCAGUGGGCGGACGGCUACGACGCUAUCGUCGACUACCUUAGGAAAGGCCUCCCUGAAUCCACCAUGUCCCUGUCGUCGCCCGUGUGCAGGAUCUUCUGGGACAUCGUCGACGAGAACGCCGAGAACAAGGUCCUGGUGGUGACGCAGGCCGGCGCCUCUUACCUGGCCGACCACGUCAUCCUCACGCCCUCCAUCGGGCACCUCAAGGAGCGCCAUGCCAGCCUGUUCACGCCCGCGCUGCCCGAUUCCUAUCAGGCGGCCAUGGCGGCGACGGAACUCGGCCUGUGCAACAAGGUGCAGAUGGGCUGGGAAUCAGCGUGGUGGAGAGACCAGCAAGGCUUGAACCUCAACCUUCAAGUCAUUUUCACCCAAGACAUUCCCAAAGAGAUGUCAUGGCUGUAUGGGAUCAUGGAGUACCUGACAAUACACCAACAAAAUGAAAUGUUGCAAGGUUUCGUCACCGGCGAAGAAGCAAUAGCGAUGGAGAGCAUCCCUGAAGCCACUUUGAAGAAGCACCUGCAGUGGCAUCUGGCCAACGCCACCGGAAUGAAUGUUCCAGAACCCAUCUUCUUCAGGAGGAGCCAGUGGCAGAAUAACGUGUGGGUAAGAGGAUCCUACAACUCUUACCUGAAGACGGGAGGAACCCUGAAGAACCGUUCGCCCUUAGCUAAGCCUGCCGUAAUAUCCGGAAAACCAAUGCUGCUUUGGGCUGGAGAGCACACGCACAGCACCCGAUACGGAACAGUCGAUGGAGCCAUAGUUACCGGCGAGCGAGAAGCCGACAGAAUCAUCAACUACUGGGAUCAAAUGUACACUGACUACUGAGGCUUCCCUAGUGGCCCAAGCUAAGCUCUGGACAAGACGGACCGAGGCUUCCCUAGUGACCCAAGCUGAGUUCUGGACUGCGCUGGACAAGACGGACACGAGAAUCCUUUUCUUUUGUCUUUGUAUCCCUAAUUCGUUAUUAAUUGGCUUAGUGUGUUGGUUAUGUCAAUGAAUGAGUUUUGUUUAAUUCUGUUCAUAGUUGGACCUUUGAUCUUUGCAUACAUCAAUUGCUGAAAUGGUAUAAAGGUAAUCCAGUUAAUUUCUUUCUGAAAAGUUUCUGAAAACGGAAAUAGUUUCAUUUAUCAAUUUCGUGAGUCUGGGUGACCCUGAAUAAAUUAGUUGCAUAAA